AUGUACUCACUCCACGAGGGCAGCGCUGUGCUGCUGCUGCUGCUGCCGCUCUUGGCCGGACUGCAGAUAGCAGAGGGCAGAGGCACCACGCCAUGCAGGCUGGGCUUUUCUGAAGAUGUAUACAAGGUUGUGUUGCCAGAUAUCGCGGAGAUAGGACAGCCCCUCUUCAAUGUGAGGUUUUUGGACUGUGGACGUGGUGGUCUGGUGCACUUUGAAAGCAGUCACCCUUCCGACUUCCGGAUAGAGUCCGACGGAGUAGUUUAUGCUGCCAAGAGUCUUAAGCAAUCUACUCUGCCUGUGUCACCGCUGCUGAUCAAGGCCACUGAUUCUACAACGCAGGAGCAAUGGGUCUCCCAAGUCAAACUGAUGCCUCCUGCCUCCACCAGCUCACAGGUCCAGGAUGUCUCCGUCCCUCCAGUCAUGUCCAAGGAUUUGAAGGAAAUAAUGUUUCCAUCACGGAACAUGGACAGCCAGCUCAAACGCAUGAAGAGAGACUGGGUCAUCCCCCCAAUUAAUGUCCCAGAGAACUCACGAGGCCCAUUUCCGCAAGAGCUAGUCCGGAUUCGAUCGGACCACGACAAAAACCGCUCCCUCAGAUACAGUGUGACGGGCCCUGGUGCUGACCAGCCUCCCACUGGCAUCUUUAUCAUCGACCCCAUCUCUGGAGAGCUAUCCGUCAACAAGCCCCUCGAUAGAGAGCACAUCUCCAACUUCCACCUGAGAGCUCAUGCAGUGGACCUAAACGGCAACCAGGUAGAAAACCCUAUUGACAUUGUGAUCAAUGUCAUCGACAUGAACGACAACAGACCCGAGUUCACCCAUCAGAUCUGGAACGGCACUGUUCCAGAGGGAUCCAAGCCAGGAACAUACGUCAUGACAGUGACAUCUGUAGACAAAGAUGAUCCCAAAACAGCUAAUGGGAUGCUGCGGUACAAGAUCCUGUCUCAAACUCCAGAGAGCCCGACGUCAAAUAUGUUCACCAUCAACAACAAAACAGGAGGCAUCAUCACGGUGGCUGCAGGCCUGGACAGAGAGAAAGUCCCCCAGUACACACUGAUCAUCCAGGCCACUGACAUGGAGGGCAACCCCAUGUACGGCCUCUCCAACACAGCCACUGCUGUCAUCAGAAUCACUGACGUCAACGACAAUCCACCAGAGUUCACUGCAGAGACGUUUUUUGGUGAGGUGCCUGAAAACCGUGUGAAUGUCAUCGUGGCCAACCUGUCGGUGACUGACAAGGACCAGCCCAACACACCGGCCUGGAAUGCGGUCUACAAAAUCACCGGCGGCGACCCCACCGGCAGGUUCUCCGUGCCCACUGAUCCAACCACUAACGAGGGCCUGGUGACGGUCGUCAAGCCUAUUGACUAUGAAAUCAGUCGGACAUAUGUGCUGACAGUGGAGGCGAGGAACGAGGUCCCCCUGGCCAGAGGCAUUCACCCUCCUCGUCAGUCCACUGCCACUGUCUCCAUCAGAGUGAUCGAUGUCAACGAGAGCCCCUACUUUGAGCCCAACCCCAAACUCAUUAAACUGGAGGAGGGAAUGUUGCCUGAGUCAACACUGACCACCUUCACUGCACAGGACCCGGAUCGUUUCAUGCAGCAAAGCAUCAGAUACUCCCGGCUCUCAGAUCCCGCAAACUGGUUAAAGAUCGAUCCAAGCACCGGUCGCAUCACAACGAUUGCCGUUUUGGACCGGGAGUCUCCGUAUGUGAAGAACAGCCUGUACAAUGCCACGUUUCUGGCGACCGACAGUGGUAUUCCUCCCGCGUCCGGCACUGGCACUCUUCAGAUUUUCCUUCUUGAUAUCAACGACAACGCUCCCAAAGUGUUCCCCCAGGAGACAGAGAUAUGUCAGAAACCGGAGCCAAAUGCCAUCAAUAUCACUGCACUUGAUGAAGACCUGAACCCAAACGCUGGGCCAUUCGCCUUCGAGUUGGCGCACAAACCAUCAGACGUUCGGAGGAACUGGACAAUUACAAGGAUCAGCGGUGACUACGCUCAGCUCAGCCUCAGAAUCGGUUUCCUUGAAAGUGGCAUUUAUGAGAUUCCAAUCAUAAUCACUGACUCGGGCAACCUGCCCAUGUCCAGCACCUCGUACCUGAAGGUCAAAGUGUGCCAGUGUGACAUCAACGGAGACUGCACCGACCAGCAGCAGAUCAUGGCUGCCGGUCUGGGCACGGGGGCCAUCAUAUCCAUCCUCCUCUGUAUCAUCAUCCUCCUCAUCCUCGUGCUGCUGUUUGUUGUGUGGAUGAAGCGUCGUGACAAAGAGCGCCAGGCCAAGCAGCUCCUUAUUGAUCCAGAGGACGAUGUGCGAGAUAACAUUCUCAAGUAUGACGAGGAAGGCGGAGGAGAGGAGGAUCAGGAUUAUGACCUCAGUCAGCUGCAGCAGCCGGACACGAUAGAGCCCGAUGCAAUUAAGCCGGUUGGAAUCCGCCGCCUGGAUGAGAGACCCCUCCACCCAGAGCCACAGUAUCCAAUGAGGUCAGCAGCACCCCACCCUGGAGACAUCGGAGACUUCAUCAACGAGGGACUCAAGGCAGCAGACAACGACCCCACCGCUCCACCCUACGACUCCUUGCUAGUGUUCGACUACGAGGGCAGCGGCUCCACCGCCGGCUCCCUCAGUUCCCUCAAUUCCUCGAGCAGCGGAGGGGACCAGGACUACGACUACCUCAACGACUGGGGCCCUCGCUUUAGAAAACUGGCAGACAUGUACGGAGGGAGCGACGACUAAGACACACAGCCAGUCUUUGAAGGAUAAAAAAACAAAGUGAAGAAUGAUGAUUGACCUGUCGAGGGACAUCUGCAGCUUCUGAUAUUCCCCUCCCCUCAACCCACCCCUUCUUCCCCCUGAGAACGUGAUGGAACUGAGAAAAGUAACACAAAAUAAAAACAUUGAUCCAGAAAAUUUUUCAAAAUCAACCAACCUAGGCUUAUUGUUGUAGUCUACGCAUACAUAUGCUUGUUGACAGCUUAGGCAUAGGCUGUGGUCCUGUAACAGAGGAAGUGGGAGGGAAGACCCGGUGGACUGUCACCACUCUGAUUGUCGGUAGUGAAUGCGCUCAGUUACACUUGAAUUUCACAGUACAGAAGCACUGGGAUAUAAUGUGCCUUUUUGUACAUUUUUUUUAUCUGAAAGAUGAGUUUUAUGUUCAAGGCUUUAAUGGUACUGACAUUUGGAGUGAUUUCAAACAGUAUGUUACACUCUGGUAUGCUUCGUUAUGCUCACUUUUUUUUUUAUCUAUUUCUUUGGUUCCACAAUGCUCCUGCUUCUUAUUUAAGUCAACUACAAAGACAAUGAAGGAUCGUCUUUUAGCUUGGAUUGAAGGAAAAAUAAUUACAAGCAGCACUGUACAGAACGCUAGACUUUUUCACUAAGAAUUAAAAUGAUGCAGCUGGUUGCAAAUAAAGGGAGUUUUGAAUUAUACUUUGGUAGCAUUUUUUUUUUUUCAUUUUUUGAAGUGGUGUAGUAUUUUACAAAAGUGACAAAAAAAACUGUUUUGGUCUAAUCUCUGUACACUUCAUUUGCCUUAGUCAUCAUUUGAUAUCUUUAAGUUUCACUUCACUGUAAAAAGUUGUGUGUACAUAAUGUUUUUGUUAUUUCUUUUUCUUUUGAUGUAGUAUAUGAAGAAGUGCAAAAAGAUCCAAACUUGUAAAUGUUUAAUUUGAACAACAAAUCCAAGUUUUUUGCAUGUUUUUAUCAACACAAACUGUUGUUUCCCCAAAUUUAUUUACAAAGUUAAAAAAAAAAAAAAAUCUGGUUGACAUAAAUGUGUAGAAGUUAAGGACAUUUUUUUUGUAUAAAACGUGAGGAAAAAACGUGAAAAAAAUUGAAAAGUAGUGAUAUUGUCAGCACAACUGUUGAAUUUGUACCAAAUAAGGGGGAGGAGGGGUGAUGUGCUAGGUAUUAAUAAAUGACUCAGCUUUACGACUGGAAAAGGUUUUUGACCGACGCCUUGUGGAUAACCCUGUGUACUGGAAACAAAUUAUACAUCUCUGACCCCACAAUAAAAAUGCUAACUUUGGAGCUAA